AUGGUUGGUUUUCGAUUAAGUGUCCUGUUGCUUUUUGUAAUUUUCGAUGUUUCGCUUUGCACUAGAAGGAUCCAGGAAGGUGAAGUAGUAACAUCACAAAAACCUUAUGUGGUAUACAUUGUAAAAGCACCGACGGCAUCGGUCAAGUAUGACUCCUGGCUCUGCGGAGGAGCUUUAGUCUCAAGCCUAUUCGUGGUCACGUCAGCCGCUUGCAUCAAAGAUGUGAAUUACUUGUAUGUAAUAGCAGGAUACGAUAAAUACGUAAUUGACGAUGAAAUUGAACUUGAUCCGUGUACUAAGGAGAAAAAAAAGAAAGUUAUAUACACGUGUUUUCCAUCUGACUACGAAAUACAUUACGAUAAAUUAGACAAAUGGGCCCUUAUAGACAUAGGCGUGGUGAAAGUGGAAUCCCCAUACGAUUUUGCAGACGAAUCAUAUAAAACAGUAUGUUCUUACAUACCGUCGGUGAUUCCCAUCAGCUAUGAAGCUAAGUACCAGGAACCAGGUACUGAUGCUAUAGUCAUGGGAUGGGGACAUUUGUUACUUUGGCGAAAGGAAAGUGACACAAAAAAUCUUAAUCAAAAACAGUUAAACUAUGCUCCUGUCGUAAUCUAUGAUAAGGAAAAGUGUAAGAAACAUUAUGAAGAUUAUCCAAAUAUGGGCGAUGUGAUCGACAAGUAUAUGAUAUGUUCGAUGGGGGGAGGUAACAUAAAUGACGAGGGGGAAGCUAUAAAAGUCAAUGAAGACAGGCACGAAGGAUGCCGUCCACCGGCGUCAGACCCCAAUGUUGAUAAGAGCUUAUCCUUGAAGUAUGUAGAGGCAGACUCAGAAUGUUCAGAUGGAGAGCUCAGUGAAGAAGACAGGCGCAGACGAAAUAAUUACUCUAAUGAUUCCCUUAGUCACGAUAUGGGCACAAUGAAAAAUAACAAAACUAUAUUGAAGAAUAUAUCUAGUAAUAACGGAAAGUCGGUGUCUAACAAAGCAAGUUUAUCCAACAUAAGUACAUCAUCCGCAAAUAAAACUCACAAACAAACACGACGUUCUGGCAUUUGUCAGAAUGAUCAUGGAGGACCCUUAGUGACCUGGGUAGGAUCCCAUGAGAUUUUGAUCGGUAUCGCUUCUGUGUUCAAAGUAUCGCAAGACUCAGAAUGCCAAGGCCCCUAUUUAUAUACAAGUACGCAGUGUAAUGGAGCCUUUCUAGAUUGUGUAUUAGAACGAGCAGAAUGGCCUCAAUCAUCAUCCAAAAACAGGAGUGCUGGAAGUCGACGGGCGCUGUGUAAGAAGGAUGUAAAUGAUCCGGGACAAAGUACGAUUGAAAGACACAUAUCAUGGUUGUAUCAUCCACAUGGAGCCGCAGAUAACGAAGUAGAAAAGAAAGGUGUAGGAAGUGAUGCAGUAACUGUGUCAAAACCUAAAAAAUACGGGAUAUCCGCACCAACUACUACGGCGUAUCCGUCAAAUAGAGGAAACCCGGAGAGUCUAAGAUACCAACAAAAUGGUGGAUACGCAUCAAAUAUGGCACAAAAUCCACCUAACGACGGAUAUGUUGCCGAUGGAGGAUAUCCGCCAAAUGGCGGAUACCCACCAAAUAGUGGAUACCCAACAAAUGAAGGAUAUCAAGCAAAUAAUGGAUACCCACCAAAUUAUAGAAACCCACAAAUUGGAGGAUACCAACCAAAUGAAGGAUACUCAGCAAAUCAGGGAUACAAUCCAAAUGGCGAAUAUCCACCUCCUGAAUACCUACCAAAUGAAGGUUACCCGCCUUCAAAUAUGGCCUAUCAACCUAACGGUGGAUAUCCCCCUAAUAUGGCACCACCUUCUAUGUCAGCAGCAAAUCAAAUGCAUGGCGAUAAUAUUAACAAUUUUCCACCAAAUAUCAGGAUGCCAGCUGAAGGCCAAACAUUUAAUAAUGGAUUACAAAACAGGUAUCAGCCAAAUAGUAGAAAUCCACAGAAUAGUAUGACAGCAGAAAACAGUAUGCCCGGUCACAGUGGUAUGAGUCCUUUAUUAAAGCGACCACAGAAGCCCUUAUAUAAAACCCAAAAUUGA